GGUAUGGAACAAAGCGUGCGAAAGGACCGUGGAGGCCUAGGGGGUUUGACAGCUGCGCAGACAGCCCGGGGGCCCUGUGUAUGGCCACGGAGUUACAGUGUCCGGACUCCAUGCCUUGUCACAACCGGCAAGUAAACUCUACUUCUACCCCAAGUCCCGAGCGUCUGCGAGCAGACGCCCCGAUCCUGGAUCAUGCGGAAGAAAAUAACGCUGCUAUGGCUAAGUUGACUCUGCUCCCCGGGCACGCCCAUUCUAGCGUGCUCCCGGAGCGGGACUCUCAGGCCUGCUGUGGCACUAAUCUUCACUCUGAGAACCACAGUGACACUAGUGACAGUGGCAACUACGACGCACCUGUCGGCGACUCCCUGCUAGGGGACUGUGAACUCUCCCGACAGAUCGGGGCACAGCUUAAGCUGCUGCCUAUGAAUGAUCAGAUCCGGGAGCUGCAGACUAUCAUCCGGGACAAGACAGCCAGUAGAGGGGACUUCAUGUUUUCUGCGGAUCGUUUGAUCAGACUUGUUGUAGAAGAGGGACUGAAUCAGCUGCCAUAUAAAGAAUGCAUGGUGACCACGCCGACAGGGCACAAGUAUGAAGGAGUGAAAUUUGAGAAAGGAAAUUGUGGGGUCAGCAUAAUGAGGAGCGGUGAGGCAAUGGAGCAAGGUUUACGAGACUGCUGUCGAUCCAUACGAAUUGGGAAGAUCCUGAUUCAGAGCGAUGAGGAGACACAAAGGGCCAAAGUGUAUUAUGCCAAGUUCCCUCCAGACAUUUAUCGCAGAAAAGUCCUUCUGAUGUAUCCAAUUCUCAGCACUGGAAACACUGUAAUUGAAGCUGUAAAGGUUCUUAUAGAACAUGGAGUUCAACCCAGUGUUAUCAUCCUACUCAGUCUCUUCUCCACUCCCCAUGGUGCCAAAUCAAUCAUUCAAGAAUUUCCAGAGAUCACAAUUUUAACUACUGAAGUUCAUCCUGUUGCACCUACACAUUUUGGACAGAAAUACUUUGGAACAGACUAAGUUGUUAAAGGAAGACGAAAUACUUUGUGUGAUGAUAAUAUGGUUGUGAAUGGAUUUCAUAUUUGUUUUUACUAAUUUGUUUGAGAAAUAAUGGAGAAAAUACAUUAGGAAUACCUUUUUUCUUUUUUGGCUUUUUGAGACAGGGUUUCUCUGUGUAGU